UUGGGGUCGAUAGUGCGAUGACGCGAUAAUGCGAUGACGAUGGCGCGAUGAUGCGAUGACGAUGAAGCGAUGGUGCGAUAGCGCGAUGACGAUGAUGCGAUGGCGCGAUGAUGCGAUGACGAUGAAGCGAUGGCAAGAUGAAGCGAUAGCGCGAUGAAGCGAUGGUACGAUAGCGAUGAUGCGAUAACACGAUGACGAUGGCACGAUGAUGCGAUGACGAUGAUGCGAUGCUCUAUCGUGUCAUCGUCAUUGUACUAUCGUAUCAUCGUCAUCUCGUCAUCGCACCAUCGUGCUAUCGACCUUCUAUAGGAAGCAUUCCCAGCAGCCAUUGCGCAAAAUGGCGUUUGUUGACGAAAGGAUUCAAGAGUAUUUUUUUAACGGAUAUGAUAAUAACGAAAUAAUAUUCCUUCUUUGGAGUAAUCAUAAUGUGAAAAUAAGCUGCAGGCAUUUGAAAAGGCGCUUGGCCAGACUAAAUCUGAGAAGACGGAGAUACAGCCUGGAUAUGGCAAUUAGAGCCAUUCAGGAGGAAAUGAUGUUCAGUGGUCAGACUCUUGGAUGUCGCUCGAUGAAACGGAGACUUCUUCAGAAACAUGGAAUCUUUAUAGGAAGGGAUGACGUUUUGUGUUUAUUGAGAAUAAUCGAUCCUGAUGGAGUUGAUCUGAGAGCGAGUCACUGCUUGACAAGAAGAAUGUAUCUAAACAAUGGACCAAAUUAUCUUAUACAUGUUGAUGGUUACGACAAAUUAAAGCCAUUUGGUUUCGCUAUUAAUGGUGCGAUGUGUGGAUUUUCAAGGCGAAUAUUGUGGCUUCAAGUUGCAAGAACGAACAAUGACCCUUGUGUUGUAGCUUCAUAUUUCUUGAAAUACCUGGAGGAAAUAAACAGUGCUCCAAGGUGCGUGAGACUUGAUGCUGGAACUGAAAAUAUAUACAUUGAGGACAUUCAAAAAUCUUUUCGUUGGUACCAUGAUGAUGACAUGUGUGGAGAAAAGAGUGUUAUCAUAGGAAGAUCAAUGUCUAACCAGAGAAUAGAACGCUGGUGGAGAACACUGAGAGAGAUGGGCAUUUCCUUCUGGAUACACUUGUUCAAAGAUAUGGAAGACCAAGGGAUGUUUUCAUUGGCAAAUAACGAGCACAUAGAAUGCCUUCGUUUCUGCUUUAUGAGAAUAAUACAGCAAGAACUUGAUCAAAUAAAAAUGGAAUGGAAUAACCAUUAUAUUAGAGCGCAAAGACGCUAUGAUGAUGAUGGAAGUCUUCCAGGAAAACCAGAUGUGAUGUUUUUCCACCCGGAAAUUUUUGGUGCUGUAGACUAUAAAUUUCCAGUGGAUAUUUGUGAUGUGCUAGAGUUUCAAAGACUAUUUCCAAGUCCAAGCCCGAGAGGAUGUUGUGAGGACUACGCAGCAUACUUCGAUCAUUUGCUUUUAGAUGGUGGGAGAACUGUUCCACAGACCAUUGAAAAGGCCAUCGAGGCUUUGAAUUACUUGGUUGAAAAGCUCUAAAAUCCAAAUCAAGCCCA